AUGGAGAGACCUGCAUUUUUAGAUAAAAAACCCCCUCCUGGGUAUGUUCCUGGUAUUGGACGUGGGGCAACUGGAUUUUCCACUAGAGGUAGUAAGAAAGGUAAUGAGAGCAAUGUAAUUCCCAAGAGAUUUAACAAUAACAGUAUUGAAUUAGAUCCUGCUGACCUAGAGGCUGAGAAUAUAUUCACGAAUAUAGACAAAAAACUAGCAAAUAGAAACAGAAAGAAAGCAUCCAAGAAAGAUAUCGAUGAAGCUACAAAUUUUAUUGAUUUGAAAACCAACUUAUCCAAAGUAUCCAAUACAGAAUGGUUGCAUUUACCAGAAGCUACUGAUAUCACUAGAAGAAAUAAAAGACAAAGACUUGAGGAACAGAUGAAUAGAAAAUUUUUUGCUGCUCCUGAUACAUUACUCUCUUCCGCUAAGGGUUCAAAUUCACAUGCCUUAGAUUUAUCAAAAUUAACGGAAGAGAGAGAAAAAUUAUUAGGAACAAUUAUUGACACAGCUGUUGACAUUAAAAAAAAUGAUUCAGUUUCUGAAACUACAGACUACUUGGAUGCAUUGGAUGACAUUCAUGAAAAAGAUUUGAGUGACAAUUACAAUAAUGAGUCUUCAAAAGAAGCCAAAGAGAAAAUGCGUGCAAUAUUAAAAUCAUAUAGAAAAUCUGACCCAAGGAAUCCUGACAGUUGGAUAGCGUCAGCUAGACUGGAAAAAAAUUGUAGAAAUAUAAAAUUAGCACAGAAAUUACUCAAUGAAGGUUGCAGAAAUUGUCCCAAAUCGGAAGAAAUUUGGUUAGAAAAUAUCAAAUUAAAUGAAAAUAAUAAUGCACUAUGUAGAACUAUUGUCACUAGAGGUAUACAAUAUAAUUUACAGUCACUGAAUCUUUGGCUUAAAGCUAUUGACUUAGAAAGCGAUAACAAUAACAAACAAAUACUUUUAAGGAAGGCUAUCACUAAACUCCCCAAGAAAGAAGAACUAUGGGAAUUAGCUGCAGAUUAUGAAACAGACAUGAAUGAAAAGAUUAAAAUUCUAUUGAAAGCUGUGGAAUUUGUGCCCUAUAGUAUUAAUUUAUGGAUAAAAUUAAUUAAUUCACAGCCCUACGAAGGUGCCAAGAAGUCACUCAUUAGUGCUAAAAAUAUGUUACCUAAAGAAUAUAAACUGUGUGUUAUUUCAUUAAGUUUAGAAGAGAAAUUUAAUGACAACUGUACUCUAGAAGAAUUAAUUAAGAUAGCAGAUAAUUGCUUUGAGAAAUUGUUUUUAAACGGCGUUAAAAUAACUUUUGAGAAGUGGCUUGAAGAAGCACAUAUUUUAGAAAAACAAUAUAAGUUUUUAAAAUCAGCUGAAGCGAUAAUAAUGAAAUCAUUAAGUGUUUGUAAUUCUGAAGAACCACUAUCAAAUAUUAUUGCAAAAUUUAGAAAAUUAGAAGAUUCAUAUUGUAAGGUAAUAGGUUUUAAAUAUGUGUUAUCCAUAGAUCCUAGUCAAUAUAACGUAUUGACACUAAUGAAACGUACCUGCGAGACACUUAAUAAGUUAGAGAUUUUUUAUUCCACAUUUGAAACCAUAUUAUUCAGCAAUCCGUUUGAUAAAGAGAGUAACAUAAUUCGUAAACAUCCAAUUUUAUCUUUAAUAUACGCUAAGGAAAUAUGGAGAUACAAUUAUGAUCCUGAAAAAGCUCUUAUGAUUUUAAAUAAAUCAAUUGAAGUUGUACCUGAGAACGUUGAUAUGUGGACAGCCAAAUUAAAAAUAUUAUGUGAAUUAGGGAAUUUCAAUGAAGUUGAGUCUGUAUUUGAAAAAUCUAUAAAUAUUUUGAAAAGUUAUAAAAAUAAUGACAUUGUAAAGAUCUAUUAUAAACAUAUCAAUUAUUUAAGGUUUCGACAAUUGAAUAUGGAAGCACUAAACUUAUUAGAGAAAGAAUAUAUUGUUUUGUUUCCCAAAGAUGUUAAAUUGAAAUUACAACGAAGUCAAAUAUAUAGAGAUUUAGGUCAAUACGAGGAAGCAUGUAAACAAUUAAAACUAGAUAUAGAAAGUUUACCAUUUGAACCAAAAUUAUCAAUUGCACUAUCUGAGAUAAAUGAAAGUUACUUAAAUAAAGUUACAUUGGCUAGAUCAAACCUUGAUUUAUCAAUAGUGAAAAAUCCAUCAUCAUCUGAGUUGUAUUUAGGUAAAAUAAAUUUAGAGAAAAGAUCAGGAAACUUAAAACAAGUUGAAUAUAUAUUAUCACAAUCAUUUUCUAAAUUUCCCAAUGAUGUAGAUCUAUGGGUUGAAAAAUUAUUAUUAGUCAAUGAUAAAAAAUCUAUUACAAAGAAAGGCUUAUUUCAAGAUGCAUUGAAAAACACAAAAAAUAACUUUAAAAUAUUAUUACAAAUUGGUAUUUCAUUUUUCAAUGAUUUACAAUACACAACAAGUUUAAAAUGGAUAGAAAGGUCAAUUAAGAGCAAUCCAAAAUAUGGAGAUUCAUGGAUAUGGUUAUCAAGAUGUUAUAUUAAAUUAAAGAAACCACUUGAUACUUGUCUUGAACAAGUUAACAAAAAUGAACCUAAAUAUGGUAAAGAAUGGAUAAAAAUUUCCAAAGGUAUUUCUACUCAAUACCUAACUGAUGUUGAUAAAUUAAAAGAAUGUUUAAAACAAAAAAAUUAA